AGCCAUCUCGACGAGACUGACUAAGUUGGAUACCAGAGAGACGGGCCGAUAGUGAAAGGUCGCCAUGAAGAUCCUAUUUCCCGUGUUUGUUUUGUCCAUUCUCCUGAAAGGGUCGUCAGGGAAACACAAUCACCACCCUGUCCCCCUCCGACAGUCUACAACCCCGCCUCCGAGACAUCGCAUAAUUGGUGGAUCCGCCUCUGUACCGCAUUACUGGCCGUUCAUGGUCUCUCUGCAGACUCAGGGGGGAUUUCACUUCUGUGGCGGAGUACUAGUGACGACAAAAUGGGUCCUUACGGCCGCUCACUGUUUAGACGGACUGAGCGCUGGGUCGUUCCGGGUGGCGCUGGGAGAACACAGUCUUUCCACAGAUGAAGGAACAGAACAAAUCCGGAACAUCACAUCCAUACAUAAAAAUCCGUUCUACAACAUCCAGCAUUCUGAUUUCAACUUCUACCUGCCUAACGACGCUGCACUUUUGGAAUUAAGUCAACCCGCAGUGGAAAAUCUCCACGUUCGAACCGCUGUUUUACCCACUAAAUGUCACGAUUUCACAGGACAAGCCUGCUUCACACUGGGGUGGGGAAAAACACAGGAUGUAGAACACUCGGAUACCCUUCAGCAAUCAACAACGACAAUCUUAGCAACCAACCUGUGCAGCGCCACCUGGGGGAACUACGUGUACUACGACAGCUUGUGCGUCCUUGAUUACGGAAGCACACCGUGUUCUGGUGACAGUGGCGGUCCCCUAGUAUGUCUGGACCGGUCACAGUACGUGGUGGCUGGGGUAUCAUCCUGGGGUGAUGUGGACUGUGGGUUCCAUCCCUCAGUCUUUACCAAGAUCUCCGAGACCUUAUCCUGGAUCCACGACAUCACCAAGUAAUGCAUGAAUCUCCGAUGAUGUGAAUACAGACAUUUUUUUAAACUUCAAAUAUGAACAUUUGAUGUACCUAAGCAAUAUCUAAUUAUUUUCUGCAAAUUCAUUUUAUAUCCAGGUGGCUCGAUUUUGUGGUCAGGAUAUAUUCUAUUCUUUUCUGUAUUGUUUUUCAUUCUCAUUUUUUGUGGAAGAUGCAUUCAUAUCCUGAGAUCAUUAAGAAUAAGACUCUCCUGGAGAAUUGAGUGAUUUUUUCGUAAAGGAAAUUGUAGCAUUUACAUUAUUAAAAAACUGCACUUAAGAAA